ACAGAACUCGACGGCCAGACCGUUGCCAUGUCGACCUCAUCGCUACGGCGACAAGUAAAGAACAUCGUCCACAACUAUUCAGAGGCUGAAAUCAAGGUUCGGGAGGCGACGUCCAACGACCCAUGGGGCCCCAGCAGCUCGCUCAUGUCGGAGAUCGCUGAUCUCACCUACAAUGUCGUGCCUUCUCAGAAAUCAUUGAGCAUGGUGUGAAACGCUCUCAACGACCACGGCAAGAACUGGAGACACUGCUACAAGGCUAUGACUCUCAUGGAGUACCUGAUCAAGACGGGUUCAGAACGUGUCGCCCAGCAGUGCCGAGAAAACAUCUACGCAGUCCAGACCCUCAAGGACUUCCAGUACAUAGACCGGGACGGCAAAGACCAGGGUGUGAAUGUGAGAGAGAAAGCCAAACAGCUGGUGACGCUGCUGAAAGACGAGGAGAGACUAAGAGAGGAGAGAAUCCGCCUCAAAACCAAAGAGAAGAUGGCACAGACCUCCAGUGCCUCCUCGGCCCCCUCAGCUCCCAGUCUGGGGGGCAGCCUGUCCCUGGGCUCCCACUCUGGAGGGGCAGAUCCCGAGCAGGCCUGGCCUCAGAGCUCCGGUGAGGAAGACCUGCAGCUCCAGCUGGCUCUGGCCAUGAGCAAAGAAGAGGCAGAGCAGCCGAGCAAGGACCCCCUGGAGGACGCAGAGAUCCGCUAUGCUCUCACUCUCAGCAAAGAGAUGCACCAACAGGAGGAACGACUUCGCCGAGGAGACGACCUGCGACUACAGAUGGCCAUCGAGGAGAGCAAGAGGGAGAAACCCAAACCAGAGGAGAGCGCCCUGAUGGAGCUGAGUGCCGUUGACCCCUGGGGGCCCUCCUGCCCUGUUGCUGCUGCUGCCCCCGGGGGCUCCGCCGGCCCCUCACCUCCACCCACCGUCCCUGCUCCUGCCGCCUCGGGCCCCUGGCUCGGCCCCACAGACCCAUGGGGAGUCGCGUCGCCCACGUCCCCACGCUCCGACCCCUGGGGGGGAGGAGCCCCGCCCACCAUAGCUCCUCCCCCCGACCCCUGGGGGGAGACGGCCAACAGAGUGAACAACGUGGACCCCUGGGGGAGUUCAGCUGUGACCCCCCCCAGCUCCGACCCCUGGGGCCCCCCGGUGCCGCCCAGCACUUCCUCCUCGGGGGGACCAGUAGACCCCUGGGCGAGCGACGGGCCGGUCCCCGAGCCAAUCAGCUCCGACCUCUGGAGCGCCUCCGCCAAACACACAAACGGCACAGGAGAUCCAGAGCAGCGAGGAUCUUCGGCGGCCGGCUGCGACAGCACGGGAUCUCCGGUUCCCUUCGACCUCUCGUCUCUCGGCUCGUCGCUUCGGUCCGUAACUCCGGAGUCCUUCCUGGGGCCCAACGCCGCCCUGGUGGACCUGGACUCUCUGGUGUCGUCCAAACCCAAACCCAAACAGCCGCCGCCUCCUUCCAUCUCCUCCUCGUCACGCAACAACCCCUUCCUCCAGAACACAGGUUCCUCUCCAGCUCCAGGCAUGGCCGUGACUCCUGGCAGCACCAUCUCCAGUCGGGGCGUCUCUCCGACGCCGGCCUCCUCCAACCCGUUCGGCGUGGCCCCCCCAUGACCUCCAUCUCCCCAGCCGUCCUCGCUGGGCCUCAGCGGCCUCCGCACCAGCCCGGUGCCCCCCAACCCCAUGCUGGGCCUGGGUGCAGCGGGCCUGGCUCCCAUGGGCCCCAUGGGCAUGGGGGCCCCGGGCCUGGGCCUGGGCAUGAUGCAGGCCAGCCCCAUGGGGAUGCCUUACAGCGGGCUCUCCCCCAUGGCCCCGCCGGGCCCCGCCCUCCUGGGCCCCGGAGCUCCGCCUCCUCAGCUGAUUUUGGGUGGGCCGUCUGGACCGGGGGGCGUGAUGGGGGCCGGGGGGCGGUGGGGCGGCGGGGCGGCGGGCGCCAGCACCAACCCCUUUCUUCUUUGA